AGUUCAGUGCAGGUCACCUUUGAAGAGGGUCCUCAGUUGCCCCCAGCCACCAAUAUAAGUCACGUGAUGUGCAAGGGACAGUCGGACCGCAGCAUGGUGCUGUGCUGCAGUCUGUCAGCUGAGGCUGUGAAAUUCCCUGUCUCUGUUACUCAGCAGUCCCCAGUUGCUGUUUCUGUCGACACAUAUCAUGUCACUUUGGCUGUGCUGCAGGCUCAGGUGGAGAUCCACUUGGAGGAGAUCCAGAAUGAAGGUCUCUUGGUGUCAUGGAUGUUCAAGGACAGACCAGACUUGAACCUUUCUGUCCUGCCAAGACUUCGACCUCGUGAGAAGAAUGAAGGAAGAGCAGAUCUGUCCACUAUAAAGGAUCUGAUUGAGGAUACCAUUGUCAGCACACAGCCAGCUGUGAUGGUGAAUCUGAAGGCCUGCACAGCUGGAGCCGGUGUGGUACCCAGCAAUAAGUUGCCUCGAGAGUCCAUGUCUGGGGUGGUACCAGCCCCUCCGGGUCCUAAGCUGUUGCUCCGGAAUUUUCGAGUGCUGAACUUGGGCUGCCAGGGGAAGGGAGCAGCUGGGGAAGUAUGCUGUGUGGCAGAGCUAGACGAUCCCCCGCAGAGGAAGUGGACGAGGCUGGUGACAGCUGACAUUACUGGUCCUGCAGCAGAGAUGGAGUGGAACGAGGAGGUCUUUCUGGAGUUGGGACCUAGAAGUAAAGAGCUGAAGCUACAGGUGCUGGGGAGCAGUGACAGAGGGGGAAAUGCGCUGCUGGCACAUGCCACACUUUUCCUUGAUUCUUUGGGCAGACAGCCGUCUGGGAGACGGGUCUUGUCACUGUCCCCGGGAGCUGGGCAGUCCCUGGCAGCUGAAGCUGCCAUUACACUGGAGCUGCUAUUCCAGGAGUCUUCUGCAUCUUUCAAUGCUCAGCAUGCUGCAUCUCUGCGAAGCAGCAUCACCCCCACCAAGAAGGUGGAGAUGGACCGGACCAUCAUGCCCGAUGGCACCAUUGUGACUACUGUCACCACGAUACAGUCCCGGCCCAAGGCAGACUGCAAACUGGAUUCACCAUCAAGAUCGCCUUCCAAGGUGGAAGUGACUGAAAAGAAGACAACGGUGCUCUUGGAGAGCAGCUGCCCAUGCAGCCCCGUGCCUAGUGGUAGCCAGGAUAACUGUAUGCCCAACGGCUUGGAUCCAGUGGCUGAGACGGCAAUCAGGCAGCUGACCGAGACGAAUAACAAGCCUGCCAAGAAGACCCCAACGAAACGUAGCACGUUGAUCAUCUCAGGAGUUUCCAAGGUACCUAUCGCUCAAGAUGAGAUGGCACUUUCUCUGGGCUAUGCUGCAUCCCUGGAGGCCACGGCGUACAGGGAUUCUGUAGCAGAGGGUGCAGCUGACCAGAUGAGCGCUUCUACCGAAUCGUCGCAGCCGCUGGAAGCAUCACCAUCGGGACAAAGGGCCAGUCAGGAGCUGGAUGAGACAACGCGAUCAGACAUCUCUGAGAGACCGUCUGCAGAAGAUGUCGAGUCUGAAUCUGGCUCCACGGGAGCCUUGGAGACCAGGAGCUUGAAGGAUCACAAAGUUAGCUUUCUUCGGAGCGGUACCAAGCUCAUCUUCCGGAGAAGGAGCAAGCACAAGGAGGCGGGCCUGAGCCAGUCACAUGACGACUUGUCUAACGUCAUCACCAACUCAGCCGCCAGGAAGAAAGCAGGCAGCUUCUCCCACCGCCUCAUCAAGCGCUUCUCCUUCAAGUCUAAGUCCAAACCCAAAGCUAGCGAUGGCCCAACGAAAGGUGAGAACUGA